AUGUUCACGCCGAGAGGCCUGGAUGACGUGACCAAGCAGAGAAUGUUACAGGCUCGGAUGCUGUCUAGAGAAGCCAGAGGAGGGCGUCUGAAUCUGGGGAAGAAGGUCAGCGUUCCAAGAGAUGUGAUGAUAGAGGAGCUCACCCUCCCAUCCAACCGAGGCUCUCUCAUGUUUCAAGAAAGGCAGAGGCGGGCUGAGAGAUUCACGCUGGAGAACGUGGCCAACAAUGCUCAUAACACCAUGAGUACCCAUCCCGUGGCUGUUCCUCCCCCGCAAAUCAUCCAACAGCCUCAGGGAGGAAAGGAGAACCAAGCUUUCUCUAUGCCCGGUAAGCAUAGUCUGAUGAUGAACCUUCAGAAGACUCUAGCAAACAAAGGCAGUCCUGAUGUCCUCGCUCCAGGAUACUCUGGCCCCCUGAAGGAGAUUCCCCAUGAGAAGUUCAACAAAACCGUGAUUCCCUACUGGUCUCCAUGGAGGGAAGCUUUGCGCCACAAUGAGGAGCUUUUGGAAGCCCUCAAUACCAAGCUACCCUUGCCACAACGACAUCAGGUUGCCCACUACAGGUGCUUCAAUAGGUCUCCCAUGCCUUUUGGGGGUGCACCGUCUAGCAAGAGGGUGAUCCCCAUUAUUAGCUUCGAGGCCCAGGAAUCCCAAAACCUGCCUGGCAUCGCUUUGGAUCGCAUGUGUCAUCGACCCAAUUUUAACAGAGCACCCAGGGGAUGGGAAGGUCAUCAUUGCCCUGAAUCUAAUGAACUAUGA